CUACGCCCGCACAUGUUAUGUGGCGCCAUCAAUACUUUGCAUCCAUACAAUUAUUGUGCACCGGCGUGUGGACCUUACCAUGAAGUUGUUCCGCUCGCUAUUCUCCUCGCCAGGCUGCGAGGAGGCAAAGGGCCAGGCCACCACGCCCACGCCAUCGGUACACGGACCUACACCAAAGGUAGAGCCUCCGCCAGCAAAUGCAGCGCCCGCGUCGACGUCAGAACCUGCGCCAGAGGAAUCCAAGCAGACGCCCAGCCCAACCUGCGUGGGCGACUCUGUAACAUGCCCGGAGGGAGCGCGUUUACAAGCGAAAGUGGAGGGCCGCUAUGUGACGAUUAUCCGGCUAGAUGGCAAGCUGGCGUGCAUCGAUGCCAUUUGCUUCCACGCGGGCGGGCCACUCGGCAUCGGUGACAUUGAGGACGUCAACGGCCGGAAAUGCAUUGUGUGCCCCUGGCACUUCUACAAGAUUGACGUGGAGUCCGGAGACAAGUACUACCAGACCAUGGAGUUCAAGGAGGGCAAGAUGCAGGCUGGCGAGUGGAAGAGCAACGGCGUGCGGCAACGGACGCACAAGACAUGGGAGGAGGGUGGCAAGAUCUACGUGCAGCUGUCCACGUAUGAGCGGCGGCCCAGCCACGCCGACUACGUGGAGAGCGACGGAUACGCCUUCGACGAGAAGUGCGGCGACAGGUGCCUCAACUCGCCGCCAAGCGCCAACAAGCUCAAGGUGCACAGCGCCGGCGCCGACGGCCGCAAGCCGCCCUCAGGUCAAGUGCUCCGGGGGCAGUACCGCACGUGAGCGAAUCCAGGCGCGCAGCUGGAGAGCAGCCGGGAAGCAGCUGGGGAGCAGCCGGGCUGGGGCCUCGGGGAAGGGGCUCGAGGGCCGUGGAGCGCACGCUACCCUGCGCGGGCUAGGUUUGGGUGGAUUACCGUAUAUGGUGGUGGUGUGCGGUAUUGGGCGUGGUGGCGUGGCGAGAGGCGAGUGGUUUCGCAAUGGGGCGCCACGCAACUACUGGGUAUUUGGUAGGCCAGCUGGUCUGGGUGGUUGAGGUGUGGACGGCAGUCAGAAUAGCAGCCCUGCAAGCUCAGCACAGCUCAUCCAGUGAAUGCCGGCGCGGAUGGGGCGGAGGGAUGUGCGGGUUUAUCAUGAAGAGUAAGAGAUGUCGGUGGGUGGUGGUUGCCAGGAUCAUCUGCGUGCUGAGCGUGAGUGAAACCAUUUGUAUAACAAGUAGCGUUUUGUGUGUGUGCCUCACGGUACCCGUCACGGCACCCAUGGUUUUGUGGGUGGGAACAUACGGACUGCUUGUGCGUGCGCUUACUCCUGUAGCUGGUGACAGUACUGUAUGGUGGUGGACUGCUGGUGGCUGAUGUCACCGGUAUGUGGAAGAGAGGAGGUGCGGCCGCUGCGCGCGCAAGGCCGAAAAAGGCCCGCUAAACCGGCGCCAAAGGCCCACAGUCAUGGGAAUUUCCGGGU